AAUGUUUUAAUUCCAGUUAUUAAGUUUCCUUUUCUUCUCAACUUUUCUGUUGACUUCACAAAAUCCUAAAGAAGCUUUUUUUGAGACUCGAAUGUUUGAUCGCGAUUUCUCCGAGGUAUCACAAUGACGAGGAAACCGCAGCCGCAGAUUCAGCCCCCAUUGUCACGUCGCGGCUUCGUUUGGCUUGGAUGGAAGCUCGUUAUCGCUUUCUCCGCCGCGCUUUGUCUUCUCGCUCUCCUCAGGAUUCAACUACAGUACCAUUCCGUCGCGACAUUGCCGUCGCCGCUCUCCGUUGCGAGAUCUCACACUCUGCUCCGUGAAUACUCCGGCGAUCGUCGUCCCAAGCUCGCUUUCCUUUUCUUAGCUCGCCGUGAUCUCCCACUUGAUUUUAUGUGGGAUAGAUUCUUCAAGGGUGUGGAUCAUGCGAAUUUUUCAAUUUAUGUACAUUCAUUACCUGGUUUCGUGUUCAAUGAAGACACUACGCGAUCUCAGUAUUUCUAUAAUCGCCAAUUGAACAAUAGCAUUAAGGUAGUAUGGGGAGAAUCAAGCAUGAUUGCAGCAGAAAGAUUGUUGCUUGCAUCUGCUUUAGAGGAUCAGUCCAAUCAAAGAUUUGUUCUUCUCUCUGACAGAUGUGCUCCAUUAUAUGACUUUGGCUAUAUAUACAGAUAUCUUAUCUCUUCGCCGAGGAGUUUUGUGGAUAGUUUUCUUCAUACUAAAGAGACACGGUACAGUGUGAAAAUGUCUCCUGUCAUACCUGAAGAGAAAUGGCGGAAAGGAUCCCAGUGGAUAGCUUUGAUCAGAAGUCAUGCAGAGGUCAUUGUAAAUGAUGAUAUCGUAUUCCCGGUUUUCAAGGAAUUCUGCAAGAGAUGUCCACCUUUAGGUACCAAUGAGGCAUGGUUGUUUCUUAAACAGAACCGGCGCAACUGCAUCCCCGAUGAACACUAUGUGCAAACAUUGCUUACGAUGCGAGGACUAGAGAGUGAAAUGGAACGUAGAACGGUGACAUAUACUGUAUGGAACGUUUCGGCUACAAAAUAUGAAGCCAAAUCUUGGCAUCCCGUCACUUUCACAGUUGAAAAUUCUGGGCCUGAGGAAAUUAAAGAAGUAAAGAAAAUAGACCAUGUCUAUUACGAGUCUGAAUCUCGAACUGAAUGGUGCAAGGCGGAUUCAAAACCAGUCCCGUGCUUUCUUUUUGCAAGGAAGUUCACGAAUGAAGCUGCUAUGCGCAUUGUGAGCGAAGGAUUAGUAGGAUCAUCAACCAACAGAACCUUAUUAUAACACAGCAACAGUGUAAGCAAAUUUUUAGGGUACAAACUGAGAAAGGAAACCUAUCAUGUAGGUAAAGCAACAGAGAGUAUACAUAAAGUAGGGAAUAGCAUUGAUACAUUACAGAAAUCUCUCAUGAGUAUUACUUAAUUGAUUUUAUAUAUGACGCUCAGUACAAACUAAGAUCCUUCUUCAUGAAUUUUCUUACUUUGGAAUCU